AUGCACGACCGGGCACCCGGGCUUUGGAUAAACCCUAAUUUGCCACGGUGCAGAUACUAUAAACAAGAAAAUUGUGCGAAACCCAUAAUUUCUGAGAAGAAAAAAUCCAUAAACUGGCUGUUUUUGCUUCUGGGACAGAUGCUGGGGUGUUGUACACUUGAACAGAUAAAAUAUUGCUACAAGCAUACUAGAAAUCAUCAUACUGGUGCUAAGGAUCGUGUUCUUUAUCUUACUUACCUUAGUUUGUGCAAACAGCUUGAUCCCUAUGGACCUUUCGACCGAUCGACGGUGGAGGAGGAGGAUGAGGAUGUGGUGGUGGAGAGAAACGGUGGCGGAGACGAUCAGAGCCAAACGAGCGAUUACACGUCGGAGGACGAAGGGACGGAGGACUACAGGCGCAGAGGCUACCACGCUGUACGAAUAGGCGGUACAUUCAAACACGACCGAUAUGUUGUUCAGAGCAAGCUAGGCUGA